GAACCAGGCACGAAUCGCACGUGGAGGACAACAGAACCGUCCGAGCCGAACGGAGCCGAACCAGAACCGAGACUUGUGAGGGGGCGGGACGGGUGGCUCUUCGGCUCACCCAGGACCCCCGGAGUCUGUUUUUCUUAUCUAAACAUCUCAUUAAUUCUUUGACCGCUGCAACACUUUAAGAUGCACAAACGUCAUGUGAGCGUUUGGACCGAACCUUUUUACUUCUGACCCACAAAUCGAGCUGGAAGGAAUACAUUACUGAGAAAUGGAGAGAUGUAGGAACGGAUUCUCGUCGGACAGAAACGUCCUGUGUCUGUUUGACGUGGACGGGACUCUGACAGCUCCGAGAGAGAAAAUCGACCCUCGCCUGGAUGAGUUCUUCCAGACUCUGAGGAGGAAGGUGAAGAUCGGCAUCGUGGGCGGCUCGGACUACCCCAAGAUCGCAGAGCAGCUCGGCGAGGGAGAUGAUGUGAUUCACAAGUUUGAUUAUGUUUUUGCUGAGAAUGGAACAGUUCAGUACAAAGACGGUAAACUUCUCUCAAAACAUGCAAUUCAAAACCAGAUCGGGGAGGAGCUGCUGCAGGAUCUGAUCAACUUCUGCCUCAGCUACAUGGGGCUCAUCAAGCUGCCGAAGAAAAGAGGGACGUUUAUUGAGUUCAGGAACGGAACAAUUAAUAUUUCACCGAUCGGUCGAAGCUGCACGCCAGAGGAACGGAUCGAGUUUUCUGAAUUAGAUAAGAGAGAAAAAAUCAGGGAGAAAUUUGUUGCUGCUUUGAAAGAGGAAUUUGCCGGAAAGGGACUUUGCUUCACCAAAGGUGGUCUCAUCAGUUUUGAUGUGUUCCCCGAGGGCUGGGACAAGAGACUGUGUUUAGAUCUUUUGCAAAACGAAGGCCUGGAUGCCAUCUACUUCUUUGGCAACGAGACCUCAGAUGGUGGAAACGAUUAUGAAAUUUUUAACGACCCACGGACUAUUGGUUUCACAGUCUWCUCUCCCGAGGACACGGCCAGACUCUGUCGGGAACUUUUCUUUGACCCUUCACCACGUGACUCCUGAUGUUCUGAUCCAGACUCCACCAAGCAUCUGGUCUGAACUGAAUAACAGCCAGAACCCUGAUCCUAAACUAAUCAUGAGCUGUUGAAAGGGGCUGCUACUGUUCCAUCUGGAUUAAUAAUAUUGAUUUAAAAUAUUAUGAAGCAGCAGUGAAAGGAUUAGACAUCAAAUGAUUGGUAAAAUGCACUUAUGUUUUAAAGUACUGUUUUUGRCUGCUGUACUGUAACAAGUAACAAGAAAGAAAAGGUAAGGGCAUAAUUUUGCACUGUUGUUAAUGUGAUUUUUAUUCUAAUAUUUGUUAUUAUCACUGCAAGAGGUGAGAGAAAUGAAAGUGAAUUAGAGGAAGGCUCCGUCCACACUACUUUAGAUGUUUAAAAAAAUAACUUUCUCUACUGGCUUUAWACCUCGUGUUCAAAAACAAACAGCRUAUUUUAACAAGAUUUUUUAAAAAGCCUUCCAAGGUGAACAUUAUUAAUGUUUCUGUGGACUCAGCAGUUUAUGUUGCAACAACGAGGCUGUUUUUACUGAUUUUUUUUUUUUACAAUUGUCUCACUUCAUCCUGAUUCUGUCAGCUGGAAAUAGAUCUACAGAUUGUACUUUUCUCUGUUUUCAUGUUGUUAAAGCUUGUCGCCACCUAGUGUCAGGAAAUGGGUAUUUUAGCAUUUUCUUUUAUUGGUUAAACAAAGAUUUUUAAUUCAAACUGGAAAAAGAAGUUUGUUUAAAAUAAUUUUCCAGAAGAGUGUGGACAGGACCCUUAAACCUGAUUGUAUUUGUCUAUCUGAAUGAAAAUGUGAUAUAAAUAUAGUGAAAAUAAGGAUCUCUAUUCCUCCACAUGUAAAGGAUUUAUAGAAGGAAACUUACCUUUGGUGUCUAAACUGGAUGCAGUUAGUCGAUGGUUCAUCGUGAAUCUCUUYGUGUCAAAUUUUUUAACAUUACCAAGGUCCUAAAAAGAACAUUUUUUCUGCUUGUUGAGAUUAUUUUAAUGUGUUUGAGGGAAGAUUUAUAAGGUAUUCAGUGCAGUGAAAGAUUAUUAAGCCACUUUUCAGUUUUUUAUAUUUUUCCUCAAAACAGUCAGACCUACUUGUAAUCUUUCAAAAUAAUCUUGAACACAUCCCACAUAGUAAAAUUUGUCUGGCCCAGUUCUGGUCCACACAACACUUGGCCCAGAUACCUCAAAAAUGAUGGCCCAGAUGUUUUUUGCCUGAGGUGGUCCAGGCUUGGGUCGACACCACAUAAACCAAAACACUCUUAAAAGAAGUGUUUGAAUCAUACUUGGCAAAAAGACUUAACAAAACACACUUAUUGUCAAUAAGUAAAAAUAAGUUUCAUCUUAAGUUUUAACACUUCAACCAGCAACACACRUUUUUGUAACUUCUUUGUGGAUUGAGAGCUAAAAAAGUUUAAGAAUCACAGCUUUAAAAGAUUACAUGAUAAUCUGGCUCCUUUAGGAAAAAYAUAUAAAGAAAUCCAGAGCCCAAGACUUUUGCACAGUACUGCACAUUUUAAAUCAAUCUUUAACCAGGGAAUUAAGCUACUGUGACCAGGUCACAAUAUAAACUUCUAAAAAUGAUUAUGUCCUGUAAAAUAUGUAACAAAAAAUGUCUUUCUCACGGCUUGCAUGAAGUAAUCUUGGCAAAUAAAUGUAUUGAUUUGUGUUGCUUAAAAUCUGUAAAGCUGUAAAAAAUGAAUUGUAUUUAAUUUGAGUCAUCUCAAAAGAACUGACAAACCAUUAACAUUAUUACUGUGGGUUCUUUUUGUUUUGUUUUUGGUUGGUUGGUUGUUUUUUUAGGGGGCRGGGAUGUUAUGUUCCAAAUAGAUUGUCUGCCCUCCUUGUAUGAGUUUUAGUUAAGAAAAACACUCCCUUUUUGAUGAGUCAUUGUUGUGACUGUKGGACUUUGGUUAAUAUGACUGGAAGCACUCCCUCAUUGUUUUUCAGCUUUUUCUUUCAGGAAAACACAUCUGUUCAGUUAUAAUAAAUCUUUUUAUCCUUACUCCA